GUCACUUGUGUUCGUUUUUUGCAGUCCACCAAAUUUGCGUUUUCCUCUGAUAAAGGUGGUGUUAUUAAACAAUGGGAUAUCAAAAAAUUGAUCGAGAUUUGUUCAAUGCAGAGCCAUAUAGAUGGAACUACCUGCCUAGCCUGUAUGGCACAAAAGCCUUACCGUGUGAGCCAUAUUUCUCCGCUAAAAAAGAAAAAACGGCGUUUUCGAGAUUCUGCCCAAUCGGUAGAAGACAACAAUGACGAUGAAGAUGACUUUGAUGAAGACGCUUGUGGCGGUAUAUUAGUUUCCACAGGUCGGGAUAUGGCAAUUCGCGUCUGGCUCGAGACGGACGGAUUGCUGGUGGUGGAGGAUGAAGCUGAAAAGCUUCGUGCGGCGGAAGCUGAGGAGGAAGAGCUGACAGCAGCCGCGGAGACAUUAGUGCCGGGAGCCACACCGGCAAAUUUGGCUAGCGCGGGUCUCCUUGGUCGUCCCACAGUUAAUACCCGCAACGCGGUAAGCCAAGACUAUCUUCAUCUUAUUUACGAAAUCGAAUGA